UAUUGAUGUCUGAUACAAUUUCAUUCCAAAGUGCUUUUUGACUAAAUCCAAAUUAGUUGUCCUUUAUAAUAUUAAGAAUCUGUGAACGCCUGCAAUUCAGUGAGACGAUGGUUAGACGAAAAGUUACUCCAAGUCCAUCAAACAAGUCUUCGAAGAAAAGAGCAAAUAAAGACAAUACAACUAUAAUAGUGAGUAAACAUAAACGGAAGAGCCAUGUGCUGCAGGAAAUUAAACAUCUAAGGAGAACCACACACUUUCUCUUACCUAAACUACCUUUUGCACGUAUAGUCAGAGAAAUUAUCGUCGACAUAUUUCCCAGAGAGGAUAUUACCAGGAUACAAGCCACUGCUCUUGAAGCUCUGCAAGAAGCGACUGAAAUGUAUCUUGUGCAAUUCUUUGAAGAUGCAGUAUUGCUGGCAUUACAUGCUAAACGGGUCACUCUUAUGCGAAACGAUAUGAUUUUAAUGCGCAGGCUGAGAGGCCGCAGUGAUAUCAUCAAUAGAUAAGAAUUUUACUUUAUAUAAUUUUAGAUAGUCCAAUGUUUCAAGUACUUUACAAUGUAUUAAGAUAAAACGAAUUCUUUUCCAUUGAAUAAGUUUUUUUCUGAAUAAGAGAUAAUAUUUUUUGCUUUUUUAUAUAAUACAGAUUUGUAUUAACGAAAAUAAAUAGGAUAAGACGGGGCCUAUUUCGUCAAUUUCAAGUAAUAUGAUUUAUAAUGGUAAACAAUAUCUCUUUAUAGUGACGUGCUUAUAAUUAUAUUAUAUAAUUAUGAUUGCUCCUUAAGAGCACAACUUUUAAAUAUUCAAUAUACUGUUCAGAAACAUAAACAUUAUGCAAGAAAUGGAGAAAGCCUCGUUCUAUCAUAUAGAAUUGUACAAAAUUAUGACGAUGUCUCUUUAUGGUUU